UUGUUCCCCAAGUUCAGUUGUUCUUUUUCUUUCUCAGAGACCCGGAUCAUAGAGAGCAAAGCUAAAAUCCUAAUACAAAAAGCUAGCGAAACUCAGUUCGGGAAGUGAAAAGGAAAAUAACGAGAAGCAGAAAAGGUAAAUUAUGGCUCGAUACGAUCGUGCGAUCACGGUGUUCUCUCCUGAUGGUCACCUUUUCCAAGUUGAAUACGCUCUCGAAGCCGUUCGCAAAGGGAACGCGGCCGUCGGGGUUCGUGGCUCCGACAUCGUCGUCCUCGGUGUCGAAAAGAAAUCUACUGCGAAGCUCCAAGACUCUAGAUCAGUUAAGAAGAUUGUAUCAUUAGAUGAACACAUUGCGUUGGUCUGUGCUGGUUUAAAGGCAGAUGCACGGGUCUUGAUCAACAGGGCACGGAUUGAGUGCCAGAGCCAUCGGCUUACAGUUGAGGACCCUGUUACUGUUGAAUAUAUAACUCGUUAUAUUGCUGGUCUGCAACAGAAGUACACACAAAGUGGUGGUGUGAGGCCAUUUGGUCUCUCAACCUUAAUAGUUGGUUUUGAUCCAUACACAGGGGUGCCAUCUCUUUAUCAAACAGAUCCAUCUGGAACAUUUUCUGCAUGGAAAGCUAAUGCAACAGGGAGAAACUCAAAUUCAAUGAGGGAAUUUCUGGAGAAAAAUUAUAAAGAAACAUCUGGGCAAGAAACUGUGAAGCUAGCAAUCCGUGCCUUGCUGGAAGUUGUUGAGAGCGGGGGAAAGAACAUAGAAAUUGCCGUGAUGAGGAAAGAGCAUGGACUGAGACACUUGAGGAAGCCGAAAUCGAUGCCAUUGUUGCCGAAAUAGAUGCUGAAAAAGCAGCG